AUGGCCGGGAAGGUGGCGCUGCUCCUUUGGGCCCAGACCCUCGGCCUCACUGGCGCCCAGACCAGCCAGCUCCUAGUGGAGCCCUCCUGGAGGCCGGCGGCGCUGUGGGACCAGGUGACACUGACCUGCCAGGGCUCGGGGACUGCCAGUGCCACCAUCUGGUACAAGGACAGGCAGCGUUGGUGGCAGGAGGGACAGGACCGCCUCAGUGUCACUGAGAGUGGCACCUAUACAUGUGACAAACCCGGCACUGGGCGCAGCGCCCCCUUGAAAGUCUCAGAUGACCCACUGGUGCUGCAGGUGCCAGCGCGGCCACUGCUGGAGGGGGACACCUUGACACUGCGCUGCCGGAGCCAGCAGGACAACCAUCUCACCAGGGUGCAAUACCGGGAGGAGAAGGCUCUCAGGGGGUCCCUCAAGGGGACUGAGCUGUCCCUUUCACCUCUGCAGCUGCACCACAGCGGCCACUACAGAUGUGAGGGCUUGGUGGGGUCCUGGCAGUCAUGGUCAGCACCAGUGACAGUGACAGUGCAUGGGGUCCCACCCUCGGGGGUGUCCCUGUCAGUGCAGACCCCUGGGGGACAGGUUGUAUUUGGAGACCACCUGGUGCUGAGCUGUGCGGUGGCCACAGGGACAGGUCCCCUGUCCUUCUCCUGGCACCGGGAGGGCUCAGGGGCACUGCCAAGAACCGGCCAGCACCUGGAGCUGUGCCACGUUGGGGACAAUGACAGCGGCCAGUACCAGUGCCGGGUCAGUGACGGGGACAGUGUGGCCGAGAGUGACCCCCUGAAUGUCACCGUCCUGGUGCCCGUGGCCAAUGCCACCAUCACCUCUGGUCCCCUGUCACAUCAGGUGCGUGCAGGUGACAACGUGACCCUGCACUGCUCAGUGCAGGUGGGCUCAGCCCCUGUCACCUUCACCUGGCUGUACAAUGGGCAGGAGGUGGCACGGGGUCCCCUCUUGGAGCUCAGGGACAUCGAUGUGGGACAUUCGGGCACCUACCAGUGCAUGGCCACCAACCAGCGGGGACAGGACGGGCACCACGUGAUCCGGGCACUGAGCCCUGAGCUGGCCCUGGAGGUGACACCUGGCUCACCCUGGGUCACAGCAGUGGCUGUGAAUGUCGGCAGGACCCUCCUGUUCCUGCUCCUGCUCCUUGCUGUCAUCGGGGACUGUCACUGGUGGCACCGCUGGGGGCCCCCCAGAACCCCCUAUCCCCUGCAGGUGGGGGAGGGGCUGGACAUGAGGGGUACCAAUCAGUCCCGGCACCGCCACCGGCAGCUGGCAGAAGCCGCCAAGGCAACAGGUUGGAUCCCAGUGCCCACUGGCAGCGUAGCAGUGUCCCAGGACCAGGCACACACCCUGCCCAACACCCAUGAGCGCUCUCCAUGA